UUCUGCCCGUCAUUGGUCACAUAUCACACCAGGCAGCAACAUCCACCACGACAGAGUCUCCCCCGCCAUGGCUAUCACCGACUUUCUAGCUGCCUCGGACAUCACUUCGGCUAUUAAUGCCUGUAAAGCAAAGGAUUCCUUCAGCCCGAAGAUGUUUUUCAAAACAGUGGGUCUAUCCAAGAAAACUCCAACAGAGAUCGAGAGGGUCUUUAAGAUUUUGGACCAGGACAAGAGCGGCUACAUAGAACAGGAUGAGUUACAACUGUUCCUGCAGAACUUCUCCAAAGGAGCGAGGCCCCUGACUGCUGCUGAGACCAGAGCUUUUCUGCUGGAGGGAGACUCGGACGGCGACGGGAAGAUCGGCUGGGAAGAGUUUUCUGCGCUGGUCAAGUCUUCAUAA